UAAACAGACCAUGUGCGAAUUAAGAAACUCCGAUCGCCAUAGCAUCUGUCAGCGAGUUGUGUUCGGUUCUGGAUUAGCGGGUUUAACUGGAAUGGGUGCUACGUUCUGAGCCCGUCUGUUUCAUUUCCUCACGUUGAAGACUGCGCCAGCCAUCCAUGAACCCUUGGCUUCUAGUAGCAUGCGUCUUGAAUACUGCCAAUGACUUGAUAAUGGUAACAGGUUUGCCGUGUCAGAAUGAAGGCGGAUGGGACGCAAUGGACUCAGUUCGUGCUUCACCUCGUCGUGUGGGUAUGUACCUGUCUGACUGUCCACAGUCCAGCCGAGCAGUCCACCGAGUCGCCUGACGUCACCACCACCAACAUGACGGCGGCAGUGACGAUAAGGUAUUUCAGAGAAAAGACGAUUCACAACAUGUUAAAUAACUAUGAUCCAAAUAUUCCGCCAGACUUCGAAGAAGAUUUUCCAACAGUCGUGAACGUUCAGGUGUAUAUUGUCAGCUUCGACAGUAUCAGCGAAACAACUAUGGACUAUUCUUUGAGUAUUUUCCUCCGACAAAAAUGGCAGGACCGUCGCCUGACGUACGAACCCCUGAACAACAUCGAGGCGCUUGAGCUAGACGCGCGCAUAAUGUCCAAGAUCUGGGUGCCCGACCUCUUCUUCGCCAACGAAAAGAACGCAGCGUUCCACGACGUCACUGUACCCAAUAGACUGAUGCACGUGUAUCCCAAUGGAACUAUAUUCUUCAGUAUCAGGGUGUCCAUGACGCUAAGCUGUGACAUGCAGUUACAGAAGUACCCGUUUGACUCACAGACCUGUAUGAUGAUUCUUGAAAGUUAUGGCUAUUCAACGAAGAAUGUGCUUUUCAAAUGGCACGAUGAGCCGGUGAUCAAACGAGAUGAUCUUUCCUUACCUCAGUUUGAACUCAGGGAAUGGCUGUCUAACGACUGCACCAAGACCUAUGUUAGCGGCAACUACACGUGCAUCGUUGUGAAAUUUAAUCUCGCACGCAGUUACGGAUAUUUUGUCGCCCAGGUAUACGUACCGAGCGUACUUAUUGUGAUCUUGUCCUGGGUUUCGUUCUGGUUGGACAUUGACGCUGUGCCUGCUCGAAUUUCAUUGGGUCUUUUGACUGUCCUCACCAUGACGACGCAGAGUUCCGGUGCACGUGUCAAUCUGCCACGCGUGUCGUACGUCAAAGCCAUCGACGUCUGGAUGGCGAUGUGUCUGUUUUUCGUGUUUGCUGCGCUGCUGGAAUUCGCCUACGUCAACGUCAUGUCAAGAGUAGAGCGGCGUCGUCGGGAAAUGGAUCGCAAUAACACAGCAUACAAGACGUCAGGGGACGAGGAAGCGUCAAUAGCGGUAGCGGUAGUGGAGAACCAUGUUAGUGGAGAAAAAGGUCAUCGACCUCUCGGGAGUCGGCGACCCGGAUUCUCAAGGACAGCCAUAAUGCGACAGAAAGCCAGGAGGUGUGACAAAAUCUCCAGAUACGCCUUCCCGGGGGUGUUCAUGGGCUUUAACAUUAUCUACUGGGCUGUGUAUAUGUUCUGGGAUGGAUCCUGAUGACUGGCAAUCUCAUACAGAGGCUUACCUAAAUCUUAAAUCAUGAUCAUGCUAGUACUGAAGAAACCACAGCACAUUCCAACCAUUCAACACCAUACAAAACUGCCCCAGUUCUAUUUAUUGGAAUGUUUGAGAUGUUGAAAUCUGCAGACGUAUAUGAGGUGGGAUUUUGGUUGUGACCUAUACAGAAUUACCCAGACGUUUGGCCCAUAUAUGAAGUCUAUGAGUACAGUUCUUCUGUCCAUACCAUUUUUGCAAUUCCAGUGAAGGAGACUUCGGAUAGCUAUUCUGCUGUGAAUCAUACUGAACGCAAGCGGACCCACAUAAGUGUGCUAGGAUGGGUAUACCCUAUGAUGGAAUGUAUAUAAAACUUGAAAUGCCCAAAGAUAUGUUUAAUACGACCCUCUGCUACGCAUUCUGAAGGGAACAUAUGAUGAAGUCAUAUGGUUCAACAUUUUUAUUUAUAAAAUUAUCCCGAAGAUGCCUUUCCUAAAACAAUAUCAUCCACGGAUACCCAUAAUAUUGUUGAACAAAACCAAAAUCGUUGUCAGUGUAUCAUCUGCCAUAUUUAGAUCAGAAAGUCUAGAUUAUAACACCAGUGGUUGAGAAUUCAUCUGAUUUGUCGAGUGUUCAUCAAGACAAUGUAUUGAUUUCAGCGUUACACGGCUUAAUAAGCAAUGCCGGUGUUGUAUGGUUUCAUAGCUGUUACCUGGAUACGAUAGCUAAAAAAGAAGAAGAAAAAAAAAAGAGAGAAAGAAACCAUAGUUUACUUAAGAGGAGAAAAAAGAUAAAUCAAGGAAAUGUUUGAUCAUAUUGAUCAAUAUUCUUGCUGUUUUUGCAUUCUGAUCUAUAUUAAAUAACAUCUUCAAGAUACUGUUAAAACAUUUUGUGUGUGUGCUAGACAACCACUGAUAAUGUUACGCUUGUGGAUCGUUCUGAUUUAUCGCCUUAUAUAUGUGCUCAGAAACAACACUGGCUGCGCAGCUAAUAAACACAAACAAUGUUCAAGGACAAUAAUUGCUGUUACCUGUACAUGUCUAAAUACAUUAUACCAUGUUCA